AUGGCCGCAGCUCUAAACCGAUUCAUUAGCAAGUCCUCAGACAAGUGCCACGCAUUCUUCCAUGCCUUGAAAGGAAAAAGUCGACGCAGCUUUGAGUGGACCUCGGAUUGUAACUCCGCCUUGGCUGAACUCAAAGAAUACUUAAACUCGACCCCGCUAUUAGUAAAACCCAAGGAGUUCGAAACUUUGUAUCUCUAUCUCGCCAUUUCCACCCACGCAACCAGUUCUGCACUUGUGCGGCGGGAUGGCACAGAUGACAUGCCGAUCUAUUUCACAAGCAAGACACUCCUUCCAGCUCAAACACGUUACCUACCCCUUGAAAAGUUAGCCCUUGCUCUUGUUUCGGCAGCUAGGAAACUCCUGCCCUACUUCCAAUCACACCCCAUCGUCGUCUUAACAGAGCACCCCCUCAAGAGCCUUUUUCGGAAGGCUGAUCUAUCCAACAGGGUCUUCAAGUGGGCAGUAGAGCUAGCAAACUUUGACAUUCAUUUUGAGCCACGAACGAAGAUACAGAACUUCUCAACACACCCAUCCCAACACAAAACAAUCGCCGAGCAUCAAGUGUCGCCGAAACCUUGGCAUCUUUUCCAAGGGGACACCUGGCGCCUACAUGUUGACGGUGCAUCUAACAGCAACGGAGCAGGGGUCGGGGUCGUCCUAGUCUCCACUUGUGGAACACUACAUGAAAGUGCUAUCAGCAUCGAAUUUCUCGCCACCAAUAAUGAAGCCGAAUAUGAAGCCCUCAUCGCUGGCUUACGCUCUGCAGUUGUGAUGGAAAUCUCUGAUCUUGUCGUUUACUCUUCUAAAGCCUCCGAAUUCAAGACAAUCAGCUUCGGCAGCAUUGACCAUCCAAGCUUUGACACAACUCCUGAAAUACUCAACGUUGAACUCGGUCCAAGCUGGAUGGACGAGAUCAUUGCAUUUCUCAAGCAUGACACUUUACCAGCAGACAAGAAGGAAGCUUACCGCAUCAAGAACAAAGCCGCUUACUACUGGCUCUCUGAAAGUGACCAACUCUACAAGAAAUCUUUCUCGGGCCCUUAUCUCCUCGUUGUCCACCCAACCCAGGUACCGGAUAUUCUCACCGAGCUUCACUCUGGCAAGCUCCCAACAACACCAGGUGGCUUCAAAUUCUUGAUCACCGCAACGGACUACUUCUCCAAAUGGGUUGAGGCCGAACCUCUUGUCACAACCACCAAAGUCGACGUUCGAAGAUUCGUCUGGAGGAACAUUGUGACCAGGUUCGGCGUCCCUUACGCCAUCGUGUCAGACAACGGAAGCCAAUUCGUGGGAAAUGGCCAAGCUGAGGCAACAAACAAGACCGUCAGUGCUGGGAUCAAACGUCGGCUAAACUCCAAAAGAGGAAAAUGGGCUGAGGAACUGCCAUGUGUCCUUUGGGCUUACCGUACUACCCCGAGGCGCUCAACAGGCCAAACUCCCUUUUCAAUGGUGUUCGGCAUGGAGGCCGUAAUCCCACUAGAGUCUAGGUUCCCAACUCUAAGAACAGAGAACUUCGAUCCAAAGACUAAUGACGAAGCCGUGGAACAAGAACUGAUUUUAGUAGAUGAAAAGCGCGACGACGCUCGGCUUAGGCUCGCCAAAUACCAAUAG